AUGGACUUCUUAGGAAUCAAAAACAACAAAUUUGUUAGGAAUAAAGAACUUUAUAGAUAAUAAGAAGAAUUGUGCAUGAGAGAUGAUUAUCUAUUAUAAAUAGAUAACGACACUCAUAUUAUUGUUCCAGAAUCUCCAGAUUUUAAAUUCAUAUAAACGAUAAAAAGAAAAAGAAAUCAUUGA